UCCGCUUCCGGCAGCGGAGGCUGAAGCCUCGCUCUGGUCCCUGCGGCUGGCGGCCGAGCCGUGUGUCUCCUCCUCCGCGGCCGCCAUAUUGUCUGUGUGAGGAGAGGGGAGCGGGGCCGCUGCCGCUGCCGCUUCCAGCGCAGUUUGAAGAAAACAGGUCUGAAACAAGGUCUUACCCCCAUCUGCCUCUGAACAUCUGUGACUGCCAGAUCUUCAAAUAUCAACUUCAGCUUUGUCUGCCAACCUGUCUGACAUGUCGGUACCCGUGCCAAGCAGGGCCAGAGUUUACACAGAUGUUAAUACACACAGACCCCGAGAGUACUGGGAUUAUGAGUCACAUGUGGUGGAAUGGGGAAAUCAAGAUGACUACCAGCUUGUUCGAAAAUUAGGCAGGGGUAAAUACAGUGAAGUGUUUGAAGCCAUCAACAUCACAAAUAAUGAAAAAGUUGUUGUUAAAAUUCUCAAGCCAGUAAAAAAGAAGAAAAUUAAGCGUGAAAUAAAGAUUUUAGAGAAUUUGAGAGGUGGUCCCAACAUCAUCACACUGGCAGACAUUGUAAAAGACCCUGUGUCACGAACCCCUGCCUUGGUUUUUGAACAUGUUAACAACACGGACUUUAAGCAAUUGUACCAGACAUUAACAGACUAUGACAUUCGAUUUUACAUGUAUGAAAUUCUGAAGGCCCUGGAUUAUUGUCACAGCAUGGGGAUUAUGCACAGAGAUGUAAAGCCCCACAAUGUCAUGAUUGAUCAUGAGCACAGAAAGCUUCGACUAAUAGACUGGGGUUUAGCUGAGUUUUACCAUCCUGGCCAAGAAUAUAAUGUCCGAGUUGCUUCCCGAUACUUCAAAGGUCCUGAACUACUUGUAGAUUAUCAGAUGUACGAUUAUAGUUUGGAUAUGUGGAGCUUGGGUUGUAUGUUGGCAAGUAUGAUCUUCCGGAAGGAGCCAUUUUUCCAUGGACACGACAAUUAUGAUCAGUUGGUGAGGAUAGCCAAGGUUCUGGGGACCGAAGAUUUGUAUGACUAUAUUGACAAGUACAACAUUGAAUUAGAUCCACGUUUCAAUGAUAUCUUGGGCAGACACUCUCGUAAGCGAUGGGAACGCUUUGUCCACAGUGAAAACCAGCACCUUGUCAGCCCUGAGGCCUUGGAUUUUCUGGACAAGCUACUGCGAUAUGACCACCAGUCUCGACUCACUGCAAGAGAGGCCAUGGAGCACCCUUACUUCUACACUGUCGUGAAGGACCAGGCUCGAAUGGGUUCAUCUAGCAUGGCAGGGGGCAGUACACCUGUCAGCAGCGCCAAUAUGAUGUCAGGGAUUUCUUCAGUGCCAACCCCCUCACCCCUUGGACCUCUGGCAGGCUCACCAGUGAUUGCUGCUGCCAACCCCCUUGGGAUGCCUGUUCCAGCGACUGCUGGCGCUCAGCAGUAAUAACCCCAUCUGUCUCCUGAUGCCUGAGCAGAGGUGGGGAAAUCCACCCUCUCCUUGCUGCAGCUUGCGCCUGGUGGGGAGGGGUGAAACACUUCAGAAGCACCGUGUCUGAACCGUUGCUUGUGGAUUUAUAGUAGUUGAGUCAUAAAAAAUUAUAAUAGGCUUUCUUCUUUUUUUUUUUUUUUUUUUUUUUUCUUUUU